UGCGCCGCGCGCGGGCGGGGAGCCGGGACCGCAAUCCGCGCCCGGAGCUCGGCGCCGCCUGGCUGCGAUGCUGCGAGCCGGAGCACCUGCCCCGGACUUCUCCCCGGCCGGCCAAGUCCACACUGGGACAACCAUCAUGGCGGUGGAGUUUGACGGAGGUGUCGUGAUGGGUUCUGACUCCCGGGUGUCUGCAGGAGAGGCAGUAGUGAACCGAGUAUUUGACAAGCUAUCUCCUCUACAUCAGCGCAUCUACUGUGCCCUCUCUGGCUCUGCAGCAGAUGCCCAAGCCGUGGCCGACAUGGCAGCCUACCAGCUGGAGCUGCAUGGAUUGGAACUGGAAGAACCUCCACUUGUUCGCAGCAGCGACUGUGGUUAGGAUAUCACCUACAAAUAUCGGGAAGACUUGUCUGCGCAUCUCAUGGUAGCUGGCUGGGACCAUCGGGAAGGGGGCCAAGUGUAUGCAACUCUGGGAGGAAUGCUGACUCGGCAGCCCUUUGCCAUUGGUGGCUCAGGAAGCACCUACUUGUAUGGCUACGUGGAUGCAGCUUAUAAACGCAUGUCCCCUGAGGAGUGCAGGCGCUUCACCACAGAUGCUAUCACUCUGGCCAUGGGCCGGGAUGGCUCCAGUGGGGGUGUCAUCUACCUGGUUACGAUCACCGCUGCCGGCGUGGACCAUCGAGUAAUCCUGGGGAAUGAGCUGCCCAAAGUUCUAUGACGAGUGACUCUUCCUCCAGUGUCCCUUCCUCGUUUGUAAUAAACUGUCUAGGACAAGAA